AAGUAUUUAACAUUCUUGAUUUUCCGACGAUAUGCCGAUCAGCCGGAUAGCAAUCGGAAGGACGGAGGAAGCCACUCACCCCGACGCCUUAAAGGCGGCGUUGGCUGAGUUUAUCUCAACCUUGAUUUUUGUAUUUGCAGGUUCAGGUUCAGGUGUUGCAUUCAGUAAGGUGACCGGUGGGGGUGCAAACACCCCCACCGGUCUCAUUGCUGCUGCGAUUGCCCAUGCUUUUGGGCUAUUCGUAGCGGUUUCGGUUGGGGCUAACAUUUCAGGAGGACAUGUUAACCCUGCUGUUACAUUUGGUGUUUUUGUUGGUGGUAAUAUAACACUUUUACGUGGAAUUUUGUAUUGGGUUGCUCAAUUGCUUGGCUCUGUUGUCGCUUGCUUGCUUCUCAAGUUCAUCACGGGUGGCAUGGAGAUAGGUGCAUUUUCUUUGUCUGAUGGAGUUGGUGUAGGCAAUGCAUUGGUACUUGAAAGAAUGACAUUUGGGCUAGUCUACACGGUGUACGCUACCGCAGUGGAUCCAAAGAAGGGUAGUUUGGGAACAAUUGCACCAAUUGCAAUUGGUUUCAUUGUUGGAGCCAAUAUCUUAGUUGGUGGGGCUUUUGAUGGGGCCGCAAUGAACCCGGCAGUUUCAUUUGGGCCAGCAGUUGUGAGUUGGACCUGGAACAACCAUUGGGUUUAUUGGGUUGGGCCUCUUAUUGGUGGUGGGCUUGCUGGGCUUAUUUAUGAGUUCUUUUUCAUUAAUCAAACCCAUGAACCAUUGCCCCAAUAAGAUGAAAA